AGUCGCGGGCGCGGCCUUGGCCGCAGGCAGACGCGCCGGGCAAGCAGAGGGCAGGCUGGGGGCGACGCGGCGAGCUGCGCCCAUUUCCACCCGCGCCCGCCAACCGCCGUGGAGCCACGAUGUUCCGGAUGCUGAGCAGCAGCUUCGAGGACGACCCCUUCUUCGCUGAUUCCUUUCUUUCACACCGAGAAAGUAUGCGCCACAUGAUGAGAAGUUUCUCUGAACCUUUUGGAAGAAACUUGCUCAAUAUCUCUGAUGGUAGAGGAAGAACACACAAUCGUAGAGAUAAUGAUGGUGAAGAUUCCUUAACUGCAACAAGUUUUUCUCUUGUGCCUUUUGGAAGGCUUGGUGGUAUGCAUGCAGAUGUCAACCCUUUUCAGACAAUGGAUCGGAUGAUGUUAAAUAUGCGAAACAGUAUGCAGGAGUUACAAAGAAACUUUGGUCAGCUUUCAAUGGAUCCAAAUGGGCAUUCGUUUUGUUCUUCCUCUGUCAUGACCUAUUCCAAAGUAGGAGAUGAACCACCAAAGGUGUUUCAGGCCUCAACUCAAACCAGGAGGGCUCCAGGAGGAAUAAAAGAAACCAGAAGAGCGAUUAGAGAUUCUGACAGCGGUCUAGAGAAAAUGGCUGUUGGUCACCAUAUCCACGACCGAGCUCAUGUCAUUAAAAAGUCAAAGAAUAACAGGACCGGAGAUGAAGAGGUCAAUCAAGAGUUCAUCAAUAUGAAUGAGAGCGAUGCUCAUGCCUUUGAUGAUGAGUGGCAAAAUGAAGUUCUGAAGUACAAGCCUACCGGAUGGCCACACAAUCUAGAGAACACUAGGAUGCGGAGUGUGGGUCAUGAGCACCCAGGGUCACGAGAACCCAAAAGAAGAGAGAAAUUUCAUCAAAAUCCAGCCGUUGAGAAUGGAAGAAGAUCACACGUUUUUGCGGACAAACUCAACAUCAAAGGGUCACCAUUGAAAAUCAGCAAAAAAUAAAUAACAGUGCAUUUCAUUUGUUUAAUUGGUUGUUUAACAAAGUCAUGGUGCUAGAUAACAUACAAAAGACCAAUUUGUCGUUAAAUUGAUACUGUACUUUGAAACUUUCUUCUGAAUCUGAAUGUCCUUGUAAGUUUUAGCUUUGCAUUGUUCAUAAUUUAGGAAUAAAAUUGAUGUUCAACAAUGUGA